GCCGGCGUCCAGUGUGCGUUGAGCGGGCGUUUUUGUCAGUGCGAUUGAACACAUUCGUUCAUUUAUUAUAUCUCCAAGGCCUGAAACGAUAGACUUAAGGAGAACAAAAUGCUGAAGCUGGGAGCUGUGUCGCUGCUUCUUAUUAUUGGACUCGUAAAAUAUUUCGGGUACAAGGGAGAACCUGAGGUACCAAAUCUACCAAGUGACCAGUAUUGGGGACCAGGAAAACCUACGAAGAUCGACGAAAGCAUCCGUCCGUUCAAGAUCGACAUCCCGAAAGAGGUUAUAGAUGAUCUGAAGAAUCGUUUGGAAAGGACACGGUCCUUAAGAAAGCCGCUGGAAGGUGCAGGAUGGACUUACGGCGUAAACAGUGAUUACUUCAAAACAGUAUUGGAAUAUUGGAGAACAAAGUACGACUGGAGUAAACGCCAAGCACUCCUCAACAAGUAUCCCCAGUUCAAAACCAACAUUCAAGGUUUGGACAUCCACUUCUACCAUGUAAAGCCCACAAUCCCUAAGGGUAGUUCGAUCCGAGUUCUUCCUUUGCUGCUCGUCCAUGGCUGGCCAGGAUCUAUCGUCGAAUUCCAAAAGAUCAUCCCCCUUCUUACGACGCCGCGUUCAAAUGCGAACUUCGUCUUCGAAGUGAUCGCACCAUCGCUUCCAGGGUACGGAUUUUCCGACGGCGCAUCUCGUCCAGGUCUCGGAAAUCCUCAGGUGACAGUGUUGAUGAAAAAUCUGAUGACUCGGCUGGGAUUUGAGGAAUUCUACACUCAAGGUGGCGAUUGGGGAAGCAUCGUCACUGCAAACAUGGGAGUUCUUUAUCCCAAGAGCGUUUCUGGUAUGCACCUAAACUUUUGCCUACAAAACACCCCGUCAUCAACUCUGUGGUCAAUUAUCGGCGCCUACAUUCCGUCUUUAGUUAUCAGCGACGAGCAUUGGUCCAAAAUGUAUCCUUUGAGUCACCACUAUUCCCGUCUUCUUGAAGAGUCAGGAUACAUGCACAUCCAGGCCACCAAACCCGACACCGUCGGAAUCGCUCUGUCCGAUUCACCUGCCGGUCUGGCUGCCUACAUUUUGGAGAAGUUCAGCACCUGGACGAAUCCGGAAUACAGAUUCAGUCAAGACGGUAAAUUGCUCGAGAAAUUCACUAUCGACGAGCUUUUGGACAACCUGAUGGUAUACUGGGUGACCAACUCAAUCACGACCAGCAUGCGCUUGUACGCGGAAAGUCUUAACACGGCAACUCGAAGUCUCAAACUGGAUUCGUUUCCCAUCAAGACGCCGACGGCCUGUGCCAUGUUUCCGAACGAGAUCUCAUAUCUAUCAGAGUCUUUGUUACGAUCGAGAUAUCCGAAUCUGAUUCAAGUAAACCAUCUGCCUCGAGGCGGUCAUUUUGCCGCUUUUGAGGAGCCUCAGCUUCUUGCUAACGAUUUCUGGUCUUUUGUUAGUACGGUGGAGGAGAAGAAAAAAAAUGAGAAUACUGGAAAGUCUUCGGAAUUGUAAAAAAAAAAUUUUUCAUCGACACAUUUUUAAUAUUUUUUACAAUGUAUACCAAUAUUAAACAGUUGAAAUAAUCUUACGGGUUUCGUUUUCUGUUUUCAUUAUCCUCCAUCUGCCAUUGGUAUCAAUUGUUCAAAAAAAAAUUAUGCUAUUACAAAAUACCCAAUGUGUUUUAUGUUGACACAUUUGUAUUGAACUACUCUCGCGAAGAGUCGUUAUAAAAAUUGUUCCAUUUAAAGCUCGUUUGAAAUAUGGAUAUCAUUACAAAUAGCUGCUAGUAAUAGCUGAGCUGUUAACAUCUUCAUAGCUUGGCUAUUGUUAGAGUUCAGUUUCUUUUGUUUU